UGAGAAGCCACACCAAUCAACCAGUUCCUUAACUACCCUUGAGUAGAGCGGACAGACAUUUACACAUAGAGACAGAGCAGUCAGAGACAGACAGAGGCAGUGAGAGGGACAGAAAAUGCUCUUCCUAGCCCUUCUCCUGGGCAUCAUGGUCUGCUGCACAGCCCAAGAGCAGAGCCCUCCAGUGAUCAAGCUGAACUCGGUGGUGCUGAGGGAGGCUGAGUGGACUAUCCCUAUUGGAACCUCAUCUUUCACCUUGACCUGUGAGGGGUACAGCACAGUCACCUGGUCAACCACAGCAUUCAAACUCAUGAGGAAUACUAGAUUGGGGAGUGUGAUUACCACCAGCCGCCUUACAGUAGACUACACUGGCACAUACAAGUGCAUGUAUGAGAACCAACCAGACCUCAUGUCAGAGGUCCACAUCUAUGUGAAAGAUCCCCAUAACAUCUUGGUGACCCCUCGAACCCUGGGAGAUGUGAAGGAGGGCAGUGAUGUUCUCCUCUGUCAGCUGACCAACCCCAUAGCCACUGACCUAUCCGUCCGUAAGGCCAAUGGAGACCCUACACCCACCGACAUGAACUACACUGUCAACCCAAAGAGAGGAAUCCUCAUCCGAUACCUUCUGACCAGCCACAGCGCAGACUACGUCUGCAGUGCAAAGAUCAAUGGGGUCACGAAAGUCUCCAAAGUUGUCCCCAUCUUCGUCAUUCAAAGGUUGCGUUUUCCACCAUCUGUGUUAAUUGAGGUAGAUGGGUAUGUUCGUAUUGUUGGAGAGCAGCUCCUGAUCCUCUGCAUCACCAGCAACCCUAACCACUUCUACAACGUGACAUGGAAACACUCCUCCCUCGAAGCAUUGGACUUUUCACGUAAAAUAAUACAAGAGGACCAGAGUAAUCAAGUGCACAUCACCAGUAGUGUGACUAUCCCAGCUGUGGCCAUGUCUCACACAGGAAACUUCACCUGUACAGCCAUAAAUGAGGCUGGGUUCAACAGCUCCACCACCUACCUGCAGGUUGUAGAUAAGCCUUACAUUAGGCUCAUACCCCGCCUGUCACCAGAUCUCUACCUAAAUGGCUCCUUAGUUGAAGUGAACGAAGGAGAAAACCUUGAGAUAAACAUUCAGAUCGAAGCAUAUCCCCAAAUCAAGGAGCAGUGGUGGGACAUCCCCAUGUCUCACAAUCACAACAUCUCCACUCAUGACGACACAUGGGCCGUCCGAUACAAUAACAGGUACGAGAGCAGCUUGCUGCUACAGAGAGUGAGGUCUGAGGAGAGAGGCCAGUACACCCUCCACACUAGGAGCACAUGCCUCAACGGCUCCAUCACCUUCAAUGUCCAAGUCUACCAGAAGCCCAGUGCCAUGGUCAGACUGAAGAAUGUUACCACCCUGACCUGCACCGCCUCUGGAUACCCAGCUCCCACAAUCCUCUGGUACCAGUGCCCAGGAAUAAAAACCACGUGUGAUGGUGAUAAUGACACCGUGGAGGUGCAGCCUCUUCUCACCAGCACCAUGGAGGUGCAGAGUGAGCUGACCCUCAGUCCCUCAAGUAUGGAGGUCACAGUGGAGUGUGUGACCUUUAACCUGGUUGGUAAAGAGCGGGACAUCUUCGUAUUGCGUGUCCCUGCUGUGAUUUCACCAGAAUUUGUAACGUCCAAGCUGUUCACACCCACUUUCAUUGGAGCCACCAGCACAGCAGCCCUUCUGUUCCUUCUGCUUGUCAUUGUCCUGUACAAAUACAAGCAGAAACCAAAAUAUGAAGUCCGGUGGAAGAUCAUUGAGGCCAAUGACGGGAAUAACUACACCUUUAUUGAUCCUACACAACUUCCUUAUAAUAAGAAGUGGGAGUUCCCUCGUGAUAAGCUGAGGCUUGGCCAGAUUCUGGGAGCAGGGGCUUUUGGGAAAGUAGUGGAAGCCACUGCCUAUGGUCUGGGGACCAAUGACAACAUGACCACACGCGUGGCAGUAAAGAUGCUCAAGCCAAGCGCCCACUCAGAAGAGAGAGAAGCUCUGAUGUCAGAACUGAAGAUCCUCAGUCACCUGGGAUCUCAUGACAACAUUGUUAACCUGUUAGGGGCAUGUACUCAAGGAGGCCCAAUGCUGAUGAUCACAGAGUACUGCAGCUAUGGCGACCUGCUUAACUUCUUGCAUGGCAAGGCCAAGCUGUUCCUGUACUCUAUCCCGAGCGGACCAGGGAAUCCAGAGGUUCCACGGGUUCCAGAGAACAGUGAUCACUACAAGAACACAUGUGCACAGGAGUCCCGUGUAAGGAGUGACAGUGGGAUCUCGUGCUCCAGCUCAGACAACUACCUGGCCAUGCAUCCAGCGCAGAGACCCAAACACUGUCCUAUGGGUUCCCUAUGUGAGGAUCCAGAGACAGGCACCUGGUCGCUGGACAUAGAAGACUUGUUGAGGUUCUCCUCUCAGGUGGCUCAGGGAAUGGACUUCCUGGCAUCCAAAAAUUGCAUUCACAGGGACGUGGCGGCUAGGAACGUCCUCUUGACCGAUGGCCGUGUGGCAAAGAUCUGCGACUUUGGCCUCGCCAGAGACAUCGAGAAUGACUCCAACUAUGUGGUGAAAGGAAAUGCCCGUCUGCCAGUGAAGUGGAUGGCCCCUGAGAGCAUUUUUGAAUGUGUGUACACAGUGCAGAGUGACGUCUGGUCCUAUGGGAUACUGCUGUGGGAGAUCUUCUCUCUGGGUAAGAGCCCAUACCCUAAUGUUGUGGUGGACACCUGGUUCUACAAGAUGAUCAAAGAUGGAUGCUACAUGUCUCAGCCGGACUUUGCCCCUCCAGAAAUAUACACCAUCAUGAAGAUGUGCUGGAACCUGGUACCAACAGAGCGUCCAACCUUCAGUACCAUCGGCCAACUUAUCCAGAGGCUACUGCCUGACCAGCCAGACCAUACCUACAGGAAUGUGCAGGAUAAGACUCCACAGCAGGAGGCAGGAGAGCAGGGGGACCCAGCUAAGAUGAAUGAGGAUUGUGAUCAGACACUGAACCAGGAGGGAGAGGAGGAGCCCAUGAUGAAAAAGAACAACUACCAGAUCUGCUGAGAGCACAUCAGACCAUCAUCAAUGACUAUACAUUCACAUUAAUAUCUGUCAAUCACAGGCAAGAGAUGGGUGGACACACACCAGUUUAUCCAAAUGCCUUGAUUCUCAUUGUACAGAACAUGAUUUCAGUGCCAAUACGGUAACUGCCAGUAAGCAACAUCGGGAACUAAGCUUUUAUGCCUUGAUCAUGUUAUGCCUUGAUCAUUGAUCAAAUGACCAAAAGCUCAUAAUUAGGUAACAUAGUUAAAGUAUCUUUCAAGCUGCAAUAUGUACGUUUUUGGGUGACCCCACCAAAUUCACAUGGAAAUGUGAGUUAUAGAUCUGUCAUUUGCAGUGAAAGCAAGUCUAAGAAGCAGUAGAUCUGUUCUGUGCACUAUUUCUAUGCUUUUCCUUUCACAAGUUUCGUUUUUGCAUCUUUCGCUUUCUAUUUUGUACACAAGCUUCAAACAGCUGAAAAUACAAUAUUUUUUUGUUAUUUCACAGCAGUUUAGAUGGUACCGCCACAGGUAAGGAAGACUCAGAGAUACCUCUGCUGCAGAAUAUAAAUUCAUUAGAGUUAACUGGACCUCAGAUUGCAGCCCAAAUAACAGAGGAGACUGUGUGAAUCAGGCUUUCAUGGUCGAAUUGCUGCAAAUAAACCUUUAUUAAAGGACACCAAUAAGAAGAAGAGACUUGCUUGGGCCAAGAAACACGAGCAAUGGACAUUAGACCGGUGGAAAUCUGACUUUUGAUCUGAUGAGUCUAAAUUUCAGAUUUUUGGUUCCAACCGCUAAAGGUGAAUGGAUGAUCUCCACACGUGUGGUUCCCACCGUGAAGCAUGGAGGAGGAGGCGUGAUGGUGCUUUGUUGGUGUCACUGUCUGUUAUUUUUUUUAGAAUUCAAGGCAAACUUAACCAGCAUGGCUACAACAGCAUUCUGCAGCAAUACACCAUCCCAUCUGGUUUGCGCUUACUGGGACUAUAAUUUGACUUCAACAGGGCAAUGACCCAAAUCACACCUCCAGGCUGUGUAAGGGCUAUUUGACCAAGGAGAGUGAUUGAGUGCUGCAUCAGAUGACCUGGCCUCCACAAUCACCCGACCUCAACCCAACUGAGAUGGUUUGGGAUCAAUUAGACCACAGAGUGAAGGAAAAGCAGCCAGCAAGUGCUAAGCAUAUGUGGGAACUCCUUCAAGACUGUUGGAAAAGCAUUCCUCAUGAACCUGGUUGAGAGAAUGCCAAGAGUGUGCAAAGCUGUCAUCAAGGCAAAAGGUGGCUACUUUGAACAAUUUAAAAUACGUUUGAUUUUGUUUUUGCUUCCUACAUGAUUCCAUAUGUGUUAUUUCAUAGUUUUGAUAUCUUCACUAUUAUUCUACAAUGAAGAAAAUAGUAAAAAAUAAAGAAAAACCUUGAAUGAG